AUGAACUUUGUAUCAAAACUCACAACACUCGCCGUUGUUCUACACUUGGCAAGUGGCCUUUCAAUACAACCUAGACAAGAUGGAGAGCCCCGGGUGGUUGGUUUACAACUCCAUCGUUCGGAGAUUCGAGAUCCUGUAGCAAACGAUAGAAACAGGAUGCGGAAACGGGCCGGUACUGUCACGGGGACCUUGGAUAACCUGCAAACAUUGUACUUUUUGAAUGCGUCCCUGGGCACGCCACCACAAAAUGUAAGGCUACAUGUCGAUACUGGAAGCAGUGACUUGUGGGUAAAUACACCGUCAUCGCAAUUAUGCUCUCGCAGAAAGAAACCUUGCGCCGAAUCUCUCACAUACUCGGCCAACGCCUCGUCAACUUACCAGUAUGUGGGAAGCUACUUCAACAUCUCGUAUGUCGAUGGUUCCGGCGCAGCAGGAGAUUACGUCACAGACACCAUGCGCUUUUCCGGUGUGAACAUAACCUCGUUUCAAUUCGGAGUCGGUUACGAGAGCACCUCACAGCAGAAUGUCUUGGGAAUAGGAUAUCCCAGCAACGAAGUCCAAGUAGUGCGGGCAGGACGCAAGGCAUACCAGAACCUACCGGCCAAGAUGGCUGCUCAAGGACUGACUGCAUCGACCUCUUUCAGUCUGUGGCUGAACGACUUGGAUUCCACCACUGGCAACAUCCUCUUUGGCGGCAUCGACACCAACCGCAUAGCCAGCAAAUUGGUCAGCGUGCCCAUUCAGAAAGUCGGGAACACGUAUAACCAGUUCUUCAUCACCAUGACCAGCCUCGACGUCGGAUCCACCAACAUUAAAAAGAACAUGGCGCUCGCUGUGCUGCUCGACUCCGGCUCCUCACUAACAUACCUGCCCGACUCCCUCGUCGAGACCAUCUACCAAUCAGUCGGGGCCUCAUAUCAGGAGUCCAGCGGCGCCGCUUUCGUUCGCUGCGACUUGGAGAACCAAAAUGCCACCAUGACCUUCAACUUCAGUUCCCCAGCAUCGAUAACCGUGCCCCUCAGAGAAAUGAUUCUCGACCUAUCAGACCCGAAUGGCGAACCGCUAACAUUCGACGACGGUGUACCAGCUUGUGUAUUUGGCAUUGCUCCCGCGGGAACAUCCUCUAGUGUUUUGGGCGAUACUUUCCUGCGAAGUGCCUACGUGGUAUACGACACGGACAACAACGAGAUUUCCCUGGCCAACGCCAAGUUCAACGUGACAAAGUCCAAUAUCGUGGAAAUCAAGAGCAAGUCGGCCGUGCCAUCUGCCACAAAGGCUAGCAAUCCUGUCGCCGCAACAGCCGGAUUACCUGGAGGAAAUGGAAGCGGGACCGGCAACAAGCAGAAGCAGAACAAUGCGGCGAGUAGCCGCGUUCCAUCGCUAAUAACGGCCGUGGCGUGCGUGGGAAUUGGGUUUCUUUUGUAG